AUGAAUUUUGAAUUUGAGAGGGAGAUAGGCUUCAUAAACAGCCAGCCAUCGCUAGCGGAGUGUCUGACGUCCCUUCCCGCUGUCCUGGAGACAUUUCAAACUUCAUCAAUCAAGGAACCACCGACGUUAAUUCCUCCUCCUCUGGAACAAACUCUCCUCGGCUUGGAUCCUUGUUCCAGCAGCCAGCCCACGCCGAGGAGUCAAAGGAGACCAAGACAUGGGCAGGCCCAGAAACCCACGCUCCAGCCCGCUGCUCUGGCCGGAGAAUUCCCCUGGAUGAAGGAGAAGAAAUCCUUCAAGAAAGCCGGCCAGGUCCCUGCCUCAUCUUCGCCCUCCUCCUCCUCCUCCUUGCCGGGAUCUGCCGCCGGCUCUCCUGCAGACGUCCAGGGCUUCUCGGACAGCGGCGGAAGCGGCUCUCGACGGCUGAGGACGGCUUACACCAACACGCAGCUGCUGGAGCUGGAGAAGGAGUUCCACUUCAACAAGUACCUCUGCAGACCCCGCCGCGUGGAGAUCGCCGCUUUGCUGGACCUGACCGAGAGGCAGGUGAAGGUCUGGUUCCAGAACCGGAGGAUGAAGCACAAGCGGCAGACGCAGCACAAGGAGAUCCAGGGGGACGCCAGCCUGGACCGGGGCGGCGAAGAGGUGGUGGUGGAGGAGGAGGAGGACGAGGAGGAGGAGGAGGAGGGCAGCUCUCCGUUUGGAGGCGCCCUGGAGAUCCCUUGUCUCUACCCGCCGGGCCGCAGAGAGCCAUCGAAGGCCGCCGCCGGUUACCUGACACCCACCGAGGAGCGAGCCCGCGACGCGGAGCCAAAUGGGGCAGCUGGCGCUCGCUCUUCCUCCUCUUCCUCCUCCUCCUCGGACAAUGCCUUCCCAGAGAGCCAGAAGUCUCCUUUGUUGCCCCCAGAUCUGAGCCUCUUCUCGGCGGAUGCGUGCCCGCAGACCUCGGGAGCACUUUCUCCCAGCCUCCAGGGGUUCUUAGACAGCCCCGUCAGCUUUUCUGUAGAAGACUUGGAUUUUUUUACGAGCACCUUCGGCACCCUCGAUCUGCCGCAUCUGAAUUUCCAGUAGCCACGAAACGACCUUUGCUUCUCUGCCUUGGGUUCUGUGCCCCACAAACCUCGCACAAGCAUACAAACCAACAGCCAGCAUCCUGGUCCACCGCUCCCCCAGCCGCUUAGGCCCCUUCCGACGCAGCCCUCGCCCCCUGAAACCACAUUUCCUUUGAAAGAGGGGCGCGCGUGCUGGGUUGAGCCUUCCCUUCCACCUAUUUCUGUCACUUUCUAAAAAGGGAUCCAUGCUUUGAUUAAAUUCAGGUAUUUUUAUCUCCAUAUAUAUUUUUAUUCAAAAGAUAAGGGGUGCACACCAUGGCCAAGGUAGUAAAGAUACAUAACAUUGUGUAAGGAAAGACAGGCUGGACGUUAAAGAUCUUUAGAGCCACAAUUAUUUUCCCCUUUCCCCUGCCCAUUCCUAUCGACAAUGCAUCCCUCUGAAGGGAAACAAUGUCCGUCAAUUUUUUUAAAAUGAAUUUCUCAGGAAGCCAAACAAAAGGUUAGAUUUCUUAAUUUAAACACAAAAAGAAGGAAGAAUUGAAAAAAACACUGGAGGUUUUGCCCCUUCCUUUAAUGUUUUAGAGGUAGAUUAUUUAUUCAAAUGCUUUAAUAGUAAAAUGCAAAGUAUUUAUUGUACUUUAUUUUCAUAGAUUAAAUAAAUGGCUUU